AUGAAGUUCUUCGCUGCCACCGCUGCCCUUGUCGGCCUUGCUGCCGCUCACAACAACGCCACCAGCACCGGUGAGGUCGUCUGGACCACCGAGGUCGUCACUGCCUACACCACCUACUGCCCGGCUCCCACCACCGUUGUUGUCAACAACAAGACUCACACCGUCACCGAGGCCACCACCCUGACCAUCACCGACUGCCCUUGCACCAUCAGCAAGCCUCACACCGUCACCGGUGUUCCCACCACCCAGCAGCCCGGCAAGCCCACCGGCACCGGUGUUGUCCCUACCGGCAACAAGCCCACUGGCCCCAGCACCUCUGCUCCCUCUGGCACUGCUCCCCCCCAGGUUGGCGCCGCUGCUGCCGUCGCCCCCUUCGGCGCUGCUGCUCUCGCUGCCCUUGCCAUGCUGUAA